UCUACGACGUAACCCACCUGUGUAGACAUUCUCCUUUUGACAACUAUCGCGGACGAAGAGAAGAUUAGCUACUACCCGGACAUCACACCGGCACUCAGCAAUUAAUACCAUCAAUCGCAAUUGUGAGCGGUAUUAAUUAGUUUAUUUCCAUGGAGCGGAAUCUGCCCCGAGCGGAGCGACAGAACGUCGAGGGAGUAUGUUGGACGUGCCUAGAUAAUAACUGGCAAUGUGACGGGUGCCUGCCUCGCUGCAAUGCCUGCACACAAAGAGAAGUGAGGUGCCGCGGAUAUGGUGUGCGUCUGCAGUGGCCAACAGGGGUUGCAGGCCAGAAGACAAGGCUGUGGAGACGGCAAGGCAGAAGAUCCUCGGACGCAAACUCUCCGGCAGACACGGACCGCGAUGUCGCACUUCCGGGGGCCAUAUCGGCUCUCGGUCUCCCAGCAGAGGAGAGCUUCUUCAUGCAACAUUAUCUCCAGAAUAUUGCCAGGAUAGCUCUCGCCAUCGACUACGACGGGAACGGAUACCGUUCUCUGCUGCCUAUGGCCGUGCAAGAACCUGCACUAUUGAAUGCUGCUCUCGCAGUUGCCGCUUCCCACCACAGCCGUUGGCAACACACGGCUGAUAAGACGUCUCGCAAGUACCUCCGCGCCGCCGCGAAAGCUCUUCGGGACAGGUUUUCGACCCCGGAUCUCGUCCAUAGCCAAGUUACCCUGGCCUCGAUGUUGCUCUUGGUGUCUUUCGAGGUGUUUUCAGGCUCGAACCGGUGGCAGGGACACUAUGAUGCAAUACGUGGCUGGAUCCGAUCUCGUGGCGAUUGUUCUGACCUCGACCCGUUUCUCAAAACCUGGGUCUGCUUGCUUGACACCCAGAGCGCCUUGAAUCUCGGCCAGCCGGCGAUGCAAGAGCUGGAGUCCUGGCUGGACAUUACGACGGAUGUGGCUGGCCAAGAGCAAUGCGUAGAUGCUCUAUUUGGCUGUUCGUCCAGGCUACCGAAGCUGAUGUGGGCGGCGUCUCGGUUAUACGCAUCCUCCAAGGAUAACCAGAUAACCUUGGAUGAACUACGGAACCAAGCGGAAGCCCUGCAGAAUGAGAUUCGAUCAACGGUCAUCAUCCUCGAUUCCCAACCCCUGGUCGGCAUCUCCUGUCACAGCACCGCACAGCCAUUCGCCACCGUGGGCAUGGGUCAGGAGGAGCUGCGACAGCGAAUGGUGGCCACUGCAGAGAUCUUCCGCCACGCCUCGCACAUCUACGUGUACCGAAUUAUGCACGGCCCGGAGGAGGCCCUGACGGAGGAAAUGCAAGCAUCUCUCAACACCGCCCAGGAUCUGCUUACCAUGGUGCCCGACGCGCUGGGCCCGGGCGCGAAUCUCGGUUGGUGUUUGGUGGUGCUCGGGGCCGAGCUGGACGGCACACACGAGCGGGACUACAUCCGGUCGAGACUGGAUGGGCUGCAUCUCCUGGGUAUCCAUAACACGAAGAAUGGCCAGAAGAUCCUGGAGGAGGUCUGGACCCAUCGAGACCUCGUCACCCAGGGGCAGGCCCUGCCAGAACGGUGGCAGGACACCAUGCAACGUAUAGGUCAAUCGCAAAUAUUGGUCUAGCAAGCAAGCUCACGUAACCCCACUGAGCUGCGUAUUAACUUGCUAACUACUACUACUACCGAGA